UGGAAUUAGACUUCCUGGGAAGAAGUGAAAAAAAAUAAAAUGGUGCUGGUCUCUUACUACGGGAGACGCGAAUUACAACUCAUUCUGGCUACCAUUACUUACGUUCCAAGUAUUUUCAAAUCAACCAGCUAGUUCCUGCAAUUUAAAUUGAGAAUCUUCUCCCCUAAUUUCCAACAAUAUCAGUAGCAAUGGCUAACGAGCAAUAUCUACGAACCCUAUCGACUUUGAUCCCUUUCAAGCCCCAUUCACAGCUAGCCCAUGUCUUCCAUUUCAUGUUCUUCGUUUUCGGCUUGUCACUUGGAAUGAUAGUUUGUCUCUAUCUCAGGAGUUUCACUUUCACUUUACAAGCCACUCCCAGCCCUAUGUUUUCACCAAUACCAUCAAAGUCAUUGCUGGUAGAAACAGUAAAAGGAACGCAUAUUUACAUGAAAGAACAGGAACUCCUCGCAAUGCACAAUAUGAGUGACGAGGAGUUGCUGAGGAGAGCAUCCAUGGUCCCGAUAGUUCAAGAAUCUGCUCACAAACAUGCUCCAAAAGUGGCUUUUAUGUUCUUGACAAAUGGGCCGCUUCCGUUGUCUCUCCUGUGGGAGAAGUUCUUUGAAGGACAUGAAGGACUCUACUCCAUUUAUGUGCACCCACAUCCUUCUUACAAUGAUUCAUGGCCUCGAAGUUCUGUCUUCUAUGGUAGAAGAAUUCCUAGCCAGGCAGUCUACUGGGGAACUGGAACAAUGAUAGAUGCCGAGAGACGCUUGUUAGCGAAUGCCCUUCUUGACUCCUCCAACCAAAGAUUUGUCUUGCUCUCUGAAUCUUGUAUUCCACUGUUCAAUUUCAAGACAACAUACGACCACCUCAUGAACUCAAAUAUAAGCUUCCUAGGCUCAUUUGACGAUCCAAGAAAACCAGGUCGUGGUCGGUACAACCCUAGAAUGUGGCCUGCAAUAAACAUUACCGAUUGGCGAAAAGGAUCACAAUGGUUUGAGGUGCACCGAGACAUUGCGGUUCACAUUAUUUCCGAUCAAAAAUAUUACCAAGUCUUUCAAGAGCAUUGUCACCCGCCAUGUUACAUGGAUGAACAUUAUUUUCCAACAUUGGUGAACAUACUUUAUCCUGAAUUAAAUUCGAAUCGGAGCAUCACUUGGGUGGAUUGGUCAAGGGGCGGUCCUCAUCCAGGGAAAUUCGGGUGGGGUGAUAUUACAGACGAAUUCUUGAAUCAAAUUCGGCAUGGUUCCGAAUGCGUUUAUAAUGGUAACAAAACCUCAAUGUGUUAUCUCUUUGCCAGAAAGUUCAUACCUCAAACACUAGAGCCUUUGUUAAGGAUCGCUCCUUUGCUGCAUGUUUUUGAUCCUUGACAUUAUUCUUGUCGAAAUGCUAAUUAUUUCUCUCAGUGGCUGUGAAGUGCGAUAUCCUUUUCCAGCUUGAAAUCAACCCAUGAAAGAAAUUAAACAGUA